GCGAGCCAGCAAGCUCGACUCUCGAGACCAUGCCUCUCGCACCAGGCGCCGAGCCCUUGCUCCCGACCAACUCGAGCUCGCUCAACGGACCGGACGCGCUCGUCCUCGAGCGGAUGCGCAUCCGCGAGCUCAUGGAGGGCUUCCCGGCGCACCGCGACGCGUGCGAGUGGAGCAAGCUGCGCGCCCUGUUCGCCGACGACGAGGCGUUCGUCUUCACGACGUGGUCGGGCGGCGUGCCGGUCGACGAGUUCGUGCGCAUCUCCGAGUCGGGCUUUGCCAAGGGCGUCAAGAUCGCUCACCGAGUGAACGGCGGGACGGUCGACGUCGCGACGUCGGGUCCGGCGGCGGGCAGGCGAGGGUUGGGCAAGCUUAAAGCGACGAUCACGCAGCGCUUCACGAUGCCGACGGCGGUCGAGGGAGAGACGUGCGAGGUCGACGUCGACGCCGAUUGUCGGCUGUGCUUCUUCGUCGAGAAGAAGGCGGACGGCGCGUGGAAGAACCACUUCUUCAAAGGGUUCUACGAGAAGGACAAGGCGACGCCCGUCGACCCUCGCAAGAUUCCCGUGUACGACGACGAGAAACUGGCGUCGUUCCCCGAGGGCUACCGCUUCCUCGCGUACGGGCAGUCGAGCGCGUACAAGAUCAAGAUGGACCUGCCGCAGAGCCGAGGCGAGGAGCACGACCACUUCUACUCGUGCUUCGUCGACUGGCUCGAGGGAGCGAGCCUCGACGACAUGAAGCUCAAGCUGGGCGUGUAGCAGGACAGCACGCGCGAGCGCAAGAGCGACUCCCGCUCGACCGCGCGAGAGAGGAGAAUGCGAGAGAGCGACGGCGCAGAGCACGCGACAGCUGGGCCGGUCCGCGUUGAGAGCUGUCGACUGAGCUGCAGCAAAGGCGGACUCGGCGAGAGCGAGUAAAGGUGCGGAACGGAGCCUCCCCGCUCGACGACCACGACGACGAGGA